GAUGGGUCUUAUCAGCACGCACCGGAAGGUAGAUCACCCAUCCACAUGCUUUACAGAUCUAACAUUCACGAGUUACGUGACGCGGCAAUAGCUCAGACUUUCAACAUUACGUAACUGUGCACCAGUGGCUGUGUGUGGUUCUACCUUAAUAACAAAUAGUGCUAAAGUUAAAUCGUGCCUUUUCACAACCAUGGCUCCGUCAAACACUAAGGAAACCGAGAAGCACUGCGUCCUGUGCUGCCAAGAGGUGGAUAUCUUUGCCUUGGGGAAAUGCGACCAUCCGGUGUGUUACCGCUGCUCCACCAAAAUGAGGGUGCUAUGCGACCAGAAGUACUGCGCCGUCUGCCGGGAGGAGCUCGAUAAGGUGGUGUUUGUGAAAAAACCUGCGGCCUUCUCGUCUCUACCCUACCAGCAGUUCCCCUGUGAGAAGAAGCAUGAUAUCUAUUUCUGUGAUGAGAAUAUCUACGCCAAAUACAGGCAUCUACUGCUGCCAGAGUGUCUCCGCUGUACAGAGCCGAAGGUAUUUUCUAAGUAUGAGGAGCUGGAGCAGCACAUGAGGAAGACGCAUGAGCUCUUCUGCUGCAAGCUCUGCACAAAGCAUCUCAAGAUCUUCUCUCAUGAGCGUAAAUGGUACAACCGCAAGGAGCUGGCCCGUCACCGAGCGCACGGCGACCCGGACGACACGAGUCACCGAGGACACCCGCUCUGCAAGUUCUGCGACGACCGCUACCUCGACAACGACGAGCUUCUUAAACACUUGCGCAGGGACCACUACUUCUGCCACUUCUGUGAUGCCGACGGCUCCCAGGAGUACUACAGUGAUUACCCGUACCUGAGCGAGCACUUCCGAGAGAGUCACUACCUGUGUGAGGAGGGCCGCUGCGCCACAGAACAGUUCACCCAUGCAUUCCGCUCCGAGAUCGACUACAAAGCCCACAAGGCCGCAGCGCACAGCAAGAACCGAGCGGAGGCUCGACAGAACCGACAGAUCGACCUGCAAUUCAACUACGCCCCGAGGCAGCAGAGGAGAAAUGAAGGCAUGCUGACAGGUGAGGACUAUGAUGAGAUGCGUCAGGCUCGCGGAGGGAGAGGAAGGCUUCAGGGGGGACAGAAAAGCUGGAGGUACUCCCGAGAGGAAGAGGACAGGGAGGUGGCGGCUGCUAUGAGGGCAUCCCUGGCUACGCGUAGGCAGGAGGAGAGGGGAGCCAUGCUGGACAGAGGGUCCAUGCACGAGCGAGGAGGAGGCAUGCACGAGCGAGGAGGAGGGAUGCACGAGCGAGGAGGAGGCAUGCACGAGCGAGGAGGAGGCAUGCACGAGCGAGGAGGAGGCAUGCACGAGCGAGGAGGAGGCAUGCACGAGCGAGGAGGAGGCAUGCACGAGAGAGGCGGGUCCAUGCACGAGAGAGGCGGGUCCAUGCACGAGAGAGGAGGAGGCCUGCACGAGCGAGGAGGAUCUAUGCACGAGCGAGGAGGAGGGAUGCAAGAGAGAGGAGGCAUGCAGGAGAGAGGAGGAUCCAUGCACGAGAGAGGAGGAGGGAUGCAGGAGAGAGGAGGAUCCACGCACGAGAGAGGAGGAGGCAUGCACGAGAGGGGAGGACCCAUGCACGAGAGGAGCGCCCCAAAAUACCUCAGAGAGGAGAGGACAGAGAGAACAGAACCAGAGGAGCCCAGAAACAGGAGCGCACAAAUCAAACCACCAGUCAGAACAAUGAAGAGCGAUAAUCCGGGCGAUGGAGAAGAUGACUUCCCAGCUUUAGGAGGAGGCGUUGCUGCCUUACCCAUUGUGAAGCCAGCUCCUGCGACUCUGUCGGCAUCCCGCGCUGCUUUGAAGGAAGACGACUUCCCGAGCCUCUCUGCCGUAGCUGUUUCAUCGCCCAUGACCCCGGCCUACUCUGCACAGCCUAAGAAAUCUUCUUCUUUCCAAGAGGAGGACUUCCCCGCGCUCGUGUCCAAAAUCCGCCCUCUGAAACACGCAGCCGGCACCAAAUCUGCUUGGUCCAGCCAUGCUGCUGUAGCUAAACCCAACUCCCAACCUCCUCCGUCCUCCAGACCUUCCCCUCCUCUCUCCUCCAUCCCCUCUGGCCCACAGCUCCUCUCCUCCUCCUCAAACUCUUCCUCCUCAAGCAGGAAAAAGAAGGUCGGGGUAAAAGCGACCGCCUCUCGCUCACCUCCUCCCUCCGACGACGAGAAAGGAGGAGUGACGCAGCAGGAGUUCCGCUCGGUGCCGACCAUGUUGGACAUCUCCUCCCUGCUCACCGUUAAAGGAGGCAACAGCAAAGCCCCCACUGUGACCCCCACCCCUCUAAACCGCGCCCCCAGCCCUGAGCCGCCUACCUCUAAAGCCAGCAAGAAGAAGAAGCAGCAGAAGAACGGCACGGCAGCUCCCUCUGCACCCGCGUCUUUAACAUCAGGAACCAAUCAAGCAGCUGCUGGGAAGUCAGUGGAGACGGCCGCACAGAAGGAGAACGUCCCCGAGAAGAUCCGGAACAAACCCCCCCCCUCCAACGCUGCUGUGACGGCGGCGCUAACGAGUGGUCUGUCUAACGGCCACCAGGAGAAAUCUCCCCCCGUUAUCAAGAAGGAGGCAGCAGCGGUUACUCCUCAUCCCAAGGUGGAGCCCGCUCUGGAUCAGGAGGAAGAUUUCCCCGCUCUCAUGACCAAGAACCCACCUCCAGGCUUCAGGUCCUCCUUCCCGCUGAAGGCCACAGCUCCUGCCCCGACCUCCGCCAUGCCGCCUCCUCCACCUGGCCUGGGAAUCGCCACCACUAAACCCCCCCCGGGAUUCACUGGGAUCCCCCUCAACAGCAACGUGGUGGAGCCUGCCCCCACUGCAGUCAACCCGCCCACCAAGGUGCAGAGCAGUGGUUACCUGGUGCCGGAUGAUUUCCACGAGAGGAACAUGCAGCUGAUCCAGUCCAUCAGGAAGUACCUCCACAACGACGAGUCAAAGUUCAACCAGUUUAAAAACCUCUCCGCACAGUUCAGACAGAGUGUGAUAUCAGCGGUGCAGUACCACAGCAGCUGCAAGGACCUGCUCGGGGAGGACUUCAACCGCAUCUUCAACGAGCUGCUGGUGCUGCUGCCCGACACCGGGAAGCAGCAGGAGCUCCUGACGGCGCAGGGCGACAGCAGAGCGUUGGAGAAGCAGUCCGGCGCCGGGGGAGGAAAGAAAAACAAGAACAAGAAGAACGCCUGGCAGACGCCGAGCACCGCCGCCAACACCGCGGCCGAGCUGGACUGCCAGGUGUGUCCCAUAUGCAGACAGGUACUGGCCCCUAAAGACUUCAACUCCCACAAGACCUUGCACACGGGGGAGGCUGAGGAGUUCCCUUCCUUGCAGUCCAUUAGCCGUAUCAUCAGCUAGCCCCUCGUCUUUGCUCGGACGUUUGAAAUCGUGGGGAACCCUGCAGCAGUAAGCACACCCGAGUGGAGUUUGGGGCUCAAAGCGAGCGGAGAGUGAGAUGGUUUAUAGUGAUUUGCUUUCAAAGGGGAACAUGUUGAUAGUUUGAGUGAAGUUCUACAGUUUAAAAACACAGGGUUGCCCCAUCUCGACUCUUAUUUCCGCUCUGAGGACGUCUCCAGCUGGCACCGGCAACGUCCAACACGACUGUCCGUUAUAUUUAACGAAACACAAGCUGAGCCUUUACUUGAAUCGCUCCCUAAUACAAAAAGAAAUUGUACUGAUUUACAUUUUUUACCUUGCUUUGAGCUCUCACUCUCAGAUGUGGCCAUGUGUUUUGUCAACAGGCUGAUUGAGUUUGUAUGAUCCCCCAGCAGGGCUGCUCGGACAGAGAACAAAAAUAAACACAAAUAUGUCCGGUUCAAAUAUUUACCACCAUAUUUAUUUAAGUGUAGCUGCUUUCAACUGUUCCAGGAAGAGAGAGUGUGUGUGUGUGUGUGUGUGUGUGUGUGUGUGUGUGUGUGUGUGUGUGUGUGUGUGUGUGUGUGUGUGUGUGUGUGUGUGUGUGUGUGUGUGUGUGUGUGUGUGUGUGUGUGUGUGUGUGUGUGUGUGUGUGUGUGUGUGUGUGUGUGUGUGUGUGUGUGUGUGUGUGUGUGUGUGUGUGUGUGUGUGUGUGUGUGUGUGUGUGUGUGUGUGUGUGGAAAUGAGCUGCUUCAAGACAUGGAACACGUUUUCAGGCACUUUUUGAUUUUUAAAUGUUUCUCUAUAUCCGGUUCACAUAAUCAGUUGUCCUUGAUUGGCUAAUUGACGGACUGCUGGUGAAAAAGGGUUCGAUUGUAAUGUCACAUCUAAAUGGAGUACUUCAUAUUAUUUAGUACAAAUAUUACAUCAACUUUUUAACGAUGAAGAGUAAAAAGUGACUCAUUAUUUAAAAAUGUUUUAUCUAGGUUGCUAUGAUUUAUCAACGUAUACAUUAGGGCUGCAUGAUUUAGAAAAAGCCCAAUACUGAUUGAUACAGUGAAUUACGAGAGGGCAAACAUUAUUCACAUUAUCAUUUAAAAAGAUGUUUAAAUGUCCAGGUGUUUUUCCGUAUUUUUCACGGAGGAUAUCUCCCCUGAUUUGUUUUUAUUAAGCCGUUAGAAUAAAGUUGAUUAGCUGGAAUUUCUCUGCUCCCCCACAGUGAUGUAUUCAGAUUUCCCAUAUUUUUCCUUUACUAAAUAUUGCGUUUACUGACAUUUGGAUAUUGCAUUGGUCCAGAUUGCGAUUUCAGUCAAAUAUCUAUUCAUUAUGCAGCCCUAGUGUGCAUUAUAACAUUACAUAUCACUUAUUAGUUAUCAGGGAGGAAGCCACAGUGCUCAUAACGUUUGCAACAGAAGGAGCCUUGUGGUUCUCCUGCAGCCUUCACUUGAAUUUCUGCUUCGUCACACUGGGCUUGUUUACGCUGUUUGUGAGAGAGGGACCGGCUACUUCCUGUACUCAAAUCUGUUCAUCUCUCAGGACCUGUCACCUGCACCGCUGCCACCUGGGUGUGUGUCUGUCCUGUGUGUAUGUGUGUGUCUGAAUGAGUGUGUGUGAAUAGAGUUUGUUUAACAUCACACAGCAGCUUACUCUAUUUUCUGUCUGUCUUCAAUAAAGCUCUUUCUGUCA